GGUAGAUGUACAUCUAAUCAAAAUGCCAAAUAAACUGCACCAUGAAGGACGACUCAUGCGUCAGUGGUUAUGAACACAGCAUCCAUUACAUUUACCUUUCUCUAACUCCUUUGACUUGUGGAGGAAAUAUCUCUGUCUGCAGUGACCAAAUGUCGAAGGAUUAAGGUGCGAUGCAGGGAAUCCCCGCACUAUUCCUGAGUCAAAUGAUUUAAAGAAAGUGCAUAUAUUGCAUUUCACAGUGACUCAUAAGGCAGCCGUCAGAGCAGAUAGCGAUAUCCUGCUGGGGUGCAUUGUCGCUGAAGAAAAGAGGCUUUGUUCACAUAGGCCGAGUAGUGACACAACCACAUGAUCGUUUUCUAGAUGAGGGAGAUGUAACACUUGACGCUGAGAAGCUCAGUAAAGAUGGAUGUCUUUAUGAGACAGUGUGGAAAGAACUUACAAAUUAGAAAUUAAGGAAACUACUUAUACUGUUAUUGAAUUCACAAGAAGUGCCAUAGCAAAUAUUUGGAUGUAUUUACAAGACAUCAUUUUAGAGCAUACAUUAUUGUUUUUUACCCUCUGACUACUCAGCUAAUUAGUCAAUGUAUUUAGAUGUAGUUGUUAUAGUGACCAAAUCAAAUAAGUGGAUGCAUGGCAUUUCAAAUUUCAAUAAUUAUAAUGAUCGAAAGUGAUUCAGGACAGCACACCAAAAUCUUAAAUAUCCACUUUUUUGAUUGCCGCAGACAUUUGGGUCAAAGCCCUUCUUCAGUGGCUUCAGGCAAACAAACCCAGACUGUGAUGGCAAAUAAAUGAAUCAAAGAAGAAAGACUUACUAAAAGCAUAUAAACUGUUGUUUUGAAGUGGGAUUUUGUCCCUUUUAGAUUUAAAUCUGAUUCAUCUAUAUUUCUGUAACUAGAUUUUUAUAGCCUGCCGAUAAAGUCAUGUAUAUUCUGUACCUUUCUUAUUCUGCUUGCUACACAUCCUGACUUUCCCAUGAGAUGAAUGGGUCUUGAUACUGGUCAGUGGGUAUCUUUGCUGGCAGCAGUGGGAAGGAGGGAUGGGGUGUGUGGGGGGGGGGGAUGGGGGCUGUCUUGCAUCAAUGAGCCUGUUGAUCAGAAAAAGACCACUGGACUUGUAAUGACACAGAUCACUGAUCACACCAGGAGGAAAACUCAGCUUCCACCUCGGGCUGCUAUUUAAGCAGGACGACGUUCUCCCUCCUCUUGAGUCUACCUCACAAACAUACACCUGAGCGGGUUCAUCGAGUUCCACAUCUGACCAUGAUUCAGACCGCCGCUCUCCUCAUGACUGUUGUUUCAUAUGUUAUUUCAGAGGACUACUGUUACACCGAGCCGCACUGUGAUCCUUAUGCAUGGGGAGACAUGUUCUCGUCCUGUCAUCCUUUACUUGAAGAGCUUCACUCCCCCAUCAACCUGGAGCACCAGAUGACCAGAAAUGAGUCUCUGGAUUCUCUACAUCUCGAGGGCUUUGAUGCGAUCCAAACAGGCCACUGGACGCUUGAAAAUGACGGACACUCUGUGGUGCUGCAAGUCAGCAGUGGCAUGUCAGUGAGCGGUGGAGGUCUUCCAGGUGUUUAUCACACCAUGCAGCUGCACUUCCACUGGGGAGGCCCGGCUACUAACGGAUCAGAGCACACAGUGCACGGACGCAGAUACCCGAUGGAGAUGCAUAUUGUCAACAUGAAGUCCAUCCAUCCAAAUUUGACUGCAGCCUUAGAUGACCCAACAGGACUUGCAGUUCUUGGAUUCUUUAUUGAUGUUGCUUAUGCAGAUAAUGUGCACUUUGGACAUAUAUCACAAAAGCUGUCAUCUGUUUCUUACAAAGGCCAAACUGCUAAAGUCAAGCCAUUUCCGCUGAUGAGCCUUCUGCCGAAGCACAACAUGAGUCAGUAUUUUCGUUAUUACGGCAGCCUCACCACCCCUCCAUGUUCACAAGCAGUCAUAUGGACUUUGUAUGAAGUCCCCAUCUACAUCUCAUGGUCCCAACUGGUUCAGUUUACCUGGCAGAUCUUCUCAACAGAGGUGGAUGCAGAGCAGGUGACACCUCUUCAGAACAACUUUAGACACAUCCACCCCACCUUCAGUCGCAUCAUCUCCGUGUCCAAAGACGCCAAACUGCUCACAGGGGCGGCCAGUCAUAUCCACAUGUCAGCUAUGUCACUGCUUCAAAUAAUUUUGCUGGGAAGCUUCAUGUUUGGACUUUAGCACAACCUGCGUCCCAAUUAAGAAACACUUGAACAUGUAUCAUGUUUUUUACUGUUGUUUACCCAAACUUGACAUUUAAAUGUAGAACUUUCACACAUGUACAAAACAAUUGACAUAGAAAAACAAACUGUGAAGAUUAAGUACUGUAAAAUGUUAAAUAGUUACUAAAUGUUUUAUGAUAGCUGUGUGCAUUGAAAAUGUACAACUGUUAAAUAACCUACAUAAUAGAUGUCUUAUGUCUUACAUGUCUUCAGAGUCAUUGUUUUUCUGAUGGCAGCCAUGUUUUUAUGACUGAGGGUCUUUCCCACUCAGCAUGAUGUUUUCACCACAAGCUAAUGCUACUACACUUAAACAGCUUGUUAAUAUUUUUUAAUUAUAGCCAAACAUAAAUUAAGGCUGAGGCUUAUGGAAUGUUAUAUCAUUUGCAGGUUGUUAUAAUUCAAAUUCUAACAUUUAGUACUAUGUGCUGCUAGCAUGGUUACAAAGAAAGGGAAAGGCAAAUAAAUGUUACUGAAACAUCAACAUCAAGUGAUUCAAUGAAAAUUUAGUUGAGAAUAGUUUAAAAAAAAAAGUAUUUGUGAAUAUUAUAUUACUUUCUAGUGUAUUGUGAGCAUGAAUAUAAAAGUAACGAAUAGGCCAACUAGCUUUAGCCACUGACAAGCCAGCAGUGGUACAACCGCUAAGUCUGCUUCAACUUAUCCCACAAAAGUCCUUUUUCACUGACACUUAAAAAUCACUGGUGUAAUUCAUUACUUUUAAAAAGGGCUGAAUGCAUUUAGCCUUCCCUGUUUCCCAGUGUGCCAUCUGUGCUACUUUACAUUGUGGCUAACUGACAGCUUACUGAUAGGCUACACUUGAAUGGAACAGAGCCAUCAUCAAUGUCAUUGGUAACACCUGUUUAUGUCCUACCAUGACUAGUCAAAAAAAGGCCCAUUAAAAACACAGACUACAAAGUAAACUUAGGCUAUAAGCACUCCUGCAUUCAGCAUGCAAAUGAUUUCUUGUACCUACACGUUUACAUCAUUUGCAUAUUUUCCACCAGCAUCAAUGUAGCAAUGGAUUUGAAGAAUUUCACGUAAAAUCUCCACCUUUUUACAUUUAUGAUAUUCAUAUUAAUUACUGUACUCAAACAAUAAACACCAUGUCUUAGCUUGUGUAACAUUCGCCAUUUUUGGCAAGUGGGAGGCAUUACUUAUUGCUUCCCGUUUGUUGAGACAGUGGCUAUUAUGCAAAAAAGGCUUUUAUUUUGUGGGUUGCAAAUUUGUCAAGGUUUGUCCGCAUAAAUGUGACAUCUUUCAAUUUACACAACCAAGCAAAUACAUGGUAUGAUGAGAGUUUCUCACAUAACGAGAACAAAAGUGAAGUGAUAAUAGGACCAAUCAGACUUUUUGCCAUGCAAGCUCUCGCACCUCAACUCAUACUCUCUUAAUCGAGUAAAUCGUUUCUUCAAUUGUACCAAACCUUGUUUUUUAAACAAGAUAUGUCUUGGUGACCUUUUUUCUACUGGCUGUGUGUUUGGAGGUCAGUGGAUCACAUGACCUUUUUCUCUAUCAAACCAGCCUGACACAGAGGCAUUGUUUGCUCUGCUGCUGCCAUCAGUCUCCAUUCAAGAACAUUCAGCUAAAGGAGGACAGUGUCUUCUCAUAAAUACUGCUCACUUGAUGCUUCACAAGAAAACAACAGCCUUUUAUGGAUGUAUGCAAAAUUGCUUUAUUUCCAUUUUCCUUUUUCAUACAUUUGUCGUGUAAUAAAUAGACCUAAGAAACAG